UCCAAAUAUAAGUCUAUCUUGUGUGGCUAAAUUAGAGAAUUUGGUUUCUAUUCAUUAGAAUAGAAACAUAUAUAUCAUGGGGUUCAAAUGGAUGUUAAUGUUGUUGGUAUUAUUGAUAAGAGGAGCAAUGGGUGCUAUGCUCAAUAAGCCAAUAGAUGUCCCAUUUGGAAGAAACUAUGAACCUAGUUGGGCAAGAGAUCACAUCAAAUACUUCAAUCAUGACACUGAGAUCCAACUAUCCCUUGACAACCUUACUGGUACUGGAUUCCAAUCAAAGGGAUCUUACCUAUUUGGCCACUUUGCCAUGCACAUAAAGAUGGUUGCUGGUGAUUCUGCAGGCACUGUCACUGCUUUCUAUCUAUCUUCCCAAAAUAAUGAACAUGAUGAAAUAGACUUUGAAUUCUUGGGGAACAAAACAGGAGAACCAUACAUUUUACAAACAAAUGUAUAUGUUGGAGGGAAAGGUGACAAAGAGCAAAGGAUUUACUUAUGGUUUGAUCCAACAAAAGAGUAUCACACUUAUUCUGUCUUGUGGAAUCUUCACCAAAUUGUGUUCUUUGUGGAUGAGUACCCCAUAAGAGUAUUCAAAAACAGCAAGGACUUAGGUGUCAAGUUCCCAUUUGACCAACCAAUGAAGAUAUACUCAAGUCUAUGGGAAGCAGAUGAUUGGGCAACAAGAGGUGGACUUGAAAAAAUAGAUUGGUCCAAUCAACCUUUUGUUGCUUCAUACAAAGGGUUUCACAUUGAUGGUUGUGAAUCCUCAGUCAAUGCAAAAUAUUGUGCCACUCAAGGUAAAAAAUGGUGGGAUCAAAAAGAAUUUCAAGAUUUGGACAAAAAUCAAUGGAGACUUUUGAGAAGAGUUAGGGACAAAUAUACAAUUUAUAAUUAUUGUACUGAUAAAAAAAGGUACUCUACAAUGCCAAAAGAGUGUGGGAGGAAUAGAGAUGUUCCAAGAAAAUCAUCAAAGAAAAAUUGAGUGUAAGUUUCAAAGUUACAUUGGUAGGACGUUUCGAAAGUAUUGCUGGAUGUGUAUCAAAUUUUCUAAAAGUUAUGUGUUUUUAGAGGGUUUGAUAAAGAUAUAGUAACACUUUUGAAAAAUCAGGGCUAUAAGGUUAUAAGAAUUUAUGGAUGAAGAGUGUAAUAUUGUAUGUGUGGCAAGUCUAUUAUACCAUUUCAAUAAUAAUAAUAAUAUUUUAUAUUUAUU